CAGUCGCACUCAGGAACCGGUUCCCGUCUUGUUGGUCGGUACGAAUCCUCUCGAACUUGAGCCUUCCGCUUCGUCCCACCGAGAUCCGCCCGCCAAUGCUUCCCUCCCCUCGCUGUAAUUCCAUUUCCUCCCCGGCUUCCUUUCUCGCCAUUGUCCCGGCUCGAAGCAAAACCUGCUUGUCUCGGCUAAGCAGUUCUCCUUUCACCCCUCUUCCACUUCUUCCCACCACCCAAGGAAGGCGGAAGACAAAUCUUAUAGCGCGGGUGUUUCCGCUCCCUUCUGCUCCUCUUGCGGCGUUUGGACUUUCUCUUCCUGGAUUCUCUCAAUUCGGAGAUAUUGCUACUAGAACUGGAUGUGGCUCUACUCACCCGCAGUUUGUUUGCGGCGGUCUGCUUCUUGUAGCAUGCAUUCCUAUUCUAAUCAGUUCCAAGGAGGAUUCACACAGAGUAUGGCCUUAUGGAAGUGCCCGCAUUCGCAGCCAAGCACUUACCAUGUGAAAUCAGGUUUAGCUGAAUUUUCACUUAAUAAGAACAUAAAGUCUUCUGAGCCACAAAGUCUAGAGUACUUUGUCAGCUUAAUGGGCCAACAAUUCCGUUCUGGACUGUCAACCAGAGAGGGUAGUCUAAGUAUAAAGAUCGACACGCCUUCACGUGAAUUUUUUUCAAGGAUCAGCUGGAACUGGAGAGAUAUGCAUCAAAAGGUCGGAGGUGCAGCCGGUGGACUUUGCUUUGUUUUUUCAGUUACCGGACUAGCAAGCGCUGAGGUUCCUGUGAUUAGAAGCAACGAUAAUGCCCAAGCUUCAUCGUUAUCUACCAGUUCAACUCAUGGGAAGACAGUCUACACAGAAUAUUCUGUCACUGGAAUACCUGGAGAUGGAAGAUGUUUAUUCCGCUCUGUGGUUCAUGGUGCAUGCAUUAGGUCAGGGAAACCCAUACCUAAUGAAGAUCUUCAGAGAAAACUAGCCGAUGAACUAAGAGCAAUGGUUGCUGAUGAAUUUGUCAAGAGGCGAGAAGAGUCUGAAUGGUUUGCAUUUGUUGUAAUACCAAAUCACAGGUUCGUUGAGGGGGAUUUCAAUACAUAUGUAUCCCAUAUUAGGCAGCAACAUGUGUGGGGAGGCGAGCCAGAAUUGUUCAUGGCUUCACACGUUCUUCAGAUGCCAAUAACUGUUUACAUGCAUGACGAAGAUGCGGGUGGUCUGAUAGCCAUUGCAGAAUAUGGCCAGCAGUAUGGGAAAGAAGACCCAAUCCAAGUCUUGUAUCAUGGUUUUGGCCAUUAUGAUGCCCUACAGAUUCCAGCAAAGAGUGGUCCAAAGAAGAGACUGUAGAAAUCGUUGAGUUCAAGAUUGAAAUGGUAAUGCUGCAAAAGGGUUUGAUCAAGUGCAUCGCUCGAAGAUUUCAUCUUCAGGCACUGACUCGUAAAAUCUUGAGAUGAUAAGGGAUAAAUGGUGAUCCAUUCUCAGUCUGAAGAUGCUGAAAGUACUAAAAAGGAUGCAGCACACUGUACCCAGAUGCUCGUGAGACAAGGCAAGAUCCCUUGGUAGAGAAGAUAAAUGACUGAAUCCUGCUUGUUGAUUAUCCCUGCACUCACUGUAGGCGGAUUUCUUCCUGGGUUCCAUUGUUUCCUCGUGCAAGUCUUGACGCAACACCAUUUUAUUCAGAGAAAGCUUGGUUCCAUCAGUGUCUGCCUUGCAUUCAGAUAUCCUGGUAAGGCUAGAAAGCUGGCCUCUUGACAUUACUACUAGCAAUACUAUUCACAAACAGAAGAAAUUCACAAUCGUAGCUCUGUUGCCGUAAAAUGUUACGGCUGCAAGGUUCAUUUGCGUGGUAUACUACGCCACUCAGAAACCAGAAUCUCCACACCUCUCCACACCCCCCACCCCCUCACAAAAAAAAAUAAUGUGCAACAGGAACGAAUUAAAUUCAGGUAAACGGUCGUGGAGUGACAUAGUAUGGGUUUGUGCCAUUCUCGCCAUGACGCCGCUGAGUGUAGGGGGACAAGGUUCAGAUUCAGAACCACCACACGGAUCGUUUGAUCCAGAAUAAGUUCCUCGUGUUCGCUUUGCAUCUCACGGUAUGACUUGGAUCUCCUUGGCCUUGCUAUGGUUUGCUUUGCUUUUCGUCGCACGGCAAACCGUAGGUCCUGUCGUCGCACGGAAAAUGGUAGUCUUGUAAU